GAUCAGCACAAAGCUCUUCAAACAGGCCCAACCCAAACAGAAAAUACGAGGUGCUGUUGAAUCAAUAAUGAAGCAACAAGUUUCAAGGCUGUGCCAGGAAAACACAGAAAUGUCUUUCCUCUCGCAUCCUUACCUACGGAGAAAGGUUUUUCUGACAUCAGUUACUGAUUCACUCAGUCCAGGGAAGGGCUGCUUUCCAGUUUGGUUUGAAUGCCGGUCCUCUAAUCAGCUGGAGAAAAGGAGUCACUUAUAUAAGCCAAGGGAAAGGAAAUGCUUCUGCAAUACAGCUCACAUGAAUAGCUAGGACUGAGCGCUGAUUGACUGCUGAAGUCCAGCUUCUGCAUCCUCUUAUCCUGAUUCUUUACGGCUGAGUUGACUGGGAGAAGUGGCAAUUUAGGAGGCUUUCCUCUUCUUACCGGUCUUUCUUUUUCAAGGCAGUUGGUGAAAGCAAGUGGAAGGCAUGACCCCCUCCUCAGACAAAGAGCUCAACGGGCUAGAUAACCCCAGCUUCAUGGGCGAAGAUGGAAAACACUACUGCUCCUCACUGGAUCAUGCUGCCCAGGGCGCAGAGGAAGGCAGGUACAUGGGCCACAGUGGCAGCAAGCUUGCCUACACUGUCAUGGACGUGCCUCCCUGGUACCUGUGCAUCCUGCUGGGCAUUCAGCAUUUUCUGACAGCCCUGGGAAGUCUCAUAGCCAUACCGCUGAUCCUCUCCAAAGAGCUUUGCCUCCAGCAUGACCUCCUCACCCAGAGCCACCUGAUCAGCACCAUCUUCUUUGUCUCAGGGAUUUGCACCCUGCUGCAGGUCCUCUUUGGAGUCAGGUUGCCUAUUAUUCAAGGAGGGACUUUUGCAUUCCUGACCCCCACCCUGGCCAUGCUAUCUCUCCCCAAGUGGAAGUGCCCUGCCUGGACACAGAAUGCCACCCUGGUGAAUGUCUCUUCACCAGAGUUCAUUGAAGUCUGGCAGACACGGAUGCGAGAGUUGCAAGGAGCUAUCAUUGUAGCUUCCUGCUUCCAAAUCUUCGUUGGAUUUUCUGGCCUGAUUGGAUUUCUGAUGAGGUUCAUCGGCCCCCUGACAAUUGCCCCCACCAUCACCUUGGUUGCACUUCCUCUCUUUGACUCGGCUGGGGACGAGGCUGGGCAGCACUGGGGCAUAGCUUUCAUGACUAUUUCUUUCAUAGUUCUGUUCUCUCAGUACCUGAAAGAUGUCCCUGUGCCACUGCCAUCUUACCAGGGAGGCAAGAAGUGCCACCUCUCCCCAGUCUACCUCUUCCAGAUCUUCCCGGUGCUGAUGGGGCUCUCCCUGAGCUGGUUGCUCUGCUACGUGCUGACGGUGACCAACGUCCUCCCUGCAGACCCCACUGCCUAUGGCCACCUGGCCCGGACGGACACCCGUGGGGAUGUUUUGUCCCAGGCUCCCUGGUUUCGGCUGCCUUACCCAGGCCAGUGGGGAGUGCCAACCGUCAGCCUGGCUGGGAUAUUUGGCAUCUUAGCUGGGGUGAUUUCCUCCAUGGUGGAGUCUGUGGGAGAUUACUACGCCUGUGCCCGGCUGGCUGGGGCCCCACCACCACCGAAGCACGCCAUCAGCCGUGGCAUCGGGGUGGAAGGCAUCGGCUGCCUCCUGGCUGGCGCCUGGGGGACGGGGAACGGCACCACCUCGUACAGUGAGAACGUGGGGGCCCUGGGCAUCACCAAGGUAGGGAGCCGAAUGGUGAUCAUUGCUGGUGCCUGCGCCAUGCUCCUCAGCGGCAUCUCGGGGAAAGUCGGGGCGAUGCUUGCCAGCAUACCCACCCCCGUGAUCGGAGGCAUGUUCCUUGUGAUGUUUGGAGUUAUCACGGCAGUGGGGAUUUCCAAUUUGCAGUACACUGAUAUGAACUCCUCGAGAAACAUCUUUAUCUUUGGAUUUUCUGUAUUUGCUGGCCUCACGGUUCCCAACUGGGCAAACAAAAAUACUACACUGCUGGAAACAGGAAUCAUCCAGCUGGACCAGGUGAUCCAGGUGCUUCUCACCACUGGCAUGUUUGUAGGUGGACUCUUGGGGUUUAUCCUUGAUAACACCAUUCCAGGAACACAGGAGGAGCGGGGGCUCCUGGCGUGGAAGCAUAGCCACGAGGGAGAAGCAGACAUCUCUCAGCUCAUUUCCAAGGUCUACGAUCUUCCAUUUGGCAUAGGCACCAAAUACUGCACUGUCUCUUGGUUUCGGUAUCUCCCCACUUGCCCCAAAAGGCUACCUGGUAGUAAGAGAAUGGAUGAACUGAAGACUGCAGGACAGGAAAGCAGUGUUAAAGCAAGCUCAGAAAGAGACUCUGAGAUAGAUGCUGAUACAAGGAUAUAGGCACCUUCCUAUCCUGGAAGCAGAGGUCUGAAAAGCACAUCUGCAGCCCCCAUUAUUUGAACAUGAGCUGGCAGCUGUUAAGAGGCUGGAGCAGGAGAAUGAUAAUGCCUUUCUCUUCCCAGCUGUGCCCCCUGCACCUCAAGGGAGUCAUUUUUCUCCCCUCUGCUCCUUCCUGCCCACCUCUAGGAAGAACAUAUUCUCUCUUCAGGGAACACCAAAGCCCAAGAAAUGCUCGGAAAAGAUGUUCGAUUUCCUUCCUUGCACUGAGCCUUGGGGACCCCAAGGAGCAGCUGUAUAACUGAAGCAGAGCUCUUCCUGUCCUGGCUGCCCAAGGGACCACAGAAGAUAUCCCUGAUGCGGGCCCUGUACCACUCUCAGGCAUCCCUUGGGCUGAGGCUAAUCCCCACCAUCUUAAAGAUCUGUAAUGGCAAUGCCCACCUCUCAGCUUGCGGUUUACACCUCAUCCUGGCCAAGGGGAAGGAGUGGGCACCUUUAGGUCAUGAUUAAUCUCAUUCCAUAUUCCCAUAAUUUAAAGUCAGCCAAAUGAAUGUGGUUGUAAGAGAGGCACCUAAGGUUAAUGGGCUGGAUUGUCUUCUGAACAUGCUUCUCCCAUCUUAGACUGCAGAGGCAAUCUAAGAGACUUUCUGUUCUUGACCUAACAGAAAAACACAGCUUCACUGCAAUGAAACCCUGAGCAGUCUUGGGGAAGCCAGCUUCCCCAAAGCAACAAACCCUACAAAGAUGAAGGAGACAACUCUUCUGCUCACAGGGUGAUGCAUCCCUGUUACUGCUAUGUCCCGUGUCCCCUCCACUGUACCUGUUUGGUCUGGUGACUGCGUGGUGACAACCACUUCUCUGGAAAACAGUUUGCAGAUUCUUGCUCCUGUUCACUGACAGCAGAAACAGCCUUAACCUAUAUGGCCAUGUAUAAUGCAGUUGCAUGUGGUGUGGUUGCUGGUGGUGUGUAACAACAUCGUUGUAGUAUGAGCUUAUGUUUCCUGUACUGAGAUUUAUACUUAGAUUUUUUUUUUUUUUUUUUGAAAAGUAAAUGAAAUGUGCAGUGUAAUGAUAUUUCUCAGGGUGAUUACCAGAGUGAGAGGCUGAUAGUAUUCAAAAAAUCAGGGUAAUUCAGGGUGUAAGGGACCUCUGGAGGUCAUCUGGGCCAGCUCCUGUGCACAGCUGGUCCUGUUAGACCAGGUUGCGGAGGACUGUGUCCAGUUGAGCUAUGGGUGGAGAGCCACAGCCUCUCUGGGCAGCCUCUUCCAGUGUCUGACCACCCCUAUGGUGAAAAGCGUUUUCCCUCAUGUCUAACUGGAGUUUCUAAUGCUUCACCUUGUGUCUGUUGUCUCUUGUCCUAUCACUGUUCACUGAGAAAAUUCUGGCCCCAUCUUCUCUGUAUCCUCCACUGGACAGCUGAAGGCCAUGAUACGAUGUCCCCUUUGCCCUCUUGGCUCAAGACUGAACAAAACCCGGAUAGUUUAAAUGGAAAGCUUUUAUUCUUCAUGCCUAUUGCAGUCCUGUUCUUUAGUCCCAUUCUGCAGCUGUAGCAGUAUGUGGCUUAUUUUACCAGUAAGGGAUAUACUGGGUUUUUUUUUGCUUUGGGAGUGAAUGCAGCCUGAAUAGUUCAAUCAUAUGACUGCUGGGAUCCUAAAGGAGGAAAUAUUACGGUACAAAUAGUUUGCUGUUAUGGGCAGUUUGCAGUGCCUCUGUUUUCAAUUGUGGUUGUAAUGUCUUUGGAAGAAAAAAUAAUUUGCACAUUUAAGUAUAAUCUGAUCCCACCCCACCAUCACAGAGUUUAGAGAGAUGACUAGUCCCAACCAUCUCAACUCUGGCAUCUUCAUCCUCCACAACCUUGACUACAUCUCUAGGCUUAUUUAGAGCCAGCCUCUGCUCCCAGGGGAUCUAGCAAUCAAACCCAUGGUGUUACUCAUCAUCACUCUCGAAUUUACUUGUAGCACAUGUGUGAAAGCAAGCUGUUAAGUCUACCUCAGCCUGUUCCUGUGUCCUGUACUGAAGCUGCCAGGCUGCUGCUGGCCAGACCCACCACACACCGGAGGAGUGGUUUUGAUGGAAACAGGAUACACAGCUAAUGAUCGAGGUAAACAAGCCACAUCAACAGGGCCAAAACCUGCUGUACUGCGUAGUCUUCAGGUGCUCCAUCUGCCAUGUGAGACUUUUUCCUUCAGUGCUACAGCUGGGAUCCCACAUGGAAAACGCGAGGUGGGAAGCACAGAUGGGGAGCCCUUCGUAAUUACUGGCUCUGUGUCAGCUCUGUGGAAGCUGCAGCCAUAUCUUUUUACUUCUCCUCCUAAGACAUGUUAGGAUGCUAGUAAGUGCCAGAGGUUUGUAUUUGCUUUAGCUCUGUUUAAAAAAUCCCGAACUAUUGCCCCAGGUUUUCCUACAAAUGUAAGUCUUGAUUUGGCUUCUAGUUCCCCACACCAAGGAUGGAGAACGUUGCUCAUCUGUUAUGUUGUCACCCUUCACUCCCAGCCUACUGCCGUGUCUGUGUGUCCCCAUCUUGUAUUUGUCUUGCAAGCUCCCUAGAGUAGAGCUGGGUGUGACUUUACAGCUCCUGGCAUGAGAAACCCCAGUUCCCAAUGGAGGGGGUUACCCCAGCACAUCCUACAGCCCAGGAGGCACAGACAGCUCUGUGUGUGUGUGGGUAUACUGGUCUGGGGCAGCUGUGUCUGCUGUUGCUAAGGCUUAGAAGGCAGUUUUUCAGAAGCUGUUUAUGUCCCUAUUUCAAGCUCAGGCUCCUAAAUGUCCUUUAAAAUCCUCCCUUUGGUGUGUUUGUUAUAAAUAUAUAAAAUAUCCUUUUAUUUGCCUCAGGAGGACAUUUCCAAAUGUUAAAAUGAAGUAGGUAGCGGUUAGGCUGCAGGGCCACCACUCCUCCCAGCUACAUGUGGCCACUUGAGGUUUGGAAACAGCUUUGGGUUUGCACUGCAACGACACAGCUUCUGUUUAUUUGCUACUUAAUGAAAAUAAAUGAAAAUCAUGGGAUCCUCAAGUGUAAAAGUGAACACUUGAGUGCUGUUCUGGAUUGCCUGGAGAAAAGCCAGCUACCUGUUGACUGUACUACCCUUUGUGCUGCUGUUGAGUCCUGAGUGCAGCAAGACUUACUGAUUUCAACCAGGAGUGUGGUCACCCUGCUUGCAGCUGCGCAGAGAGGCAGACAGCCAACUGGGGAGUCCCAGCACAUGCUCCUGCUGUUCUGGCUGAGGAGACCUGGUGAUGGGUAUCUGCUCGUACCAAGGUGCACUGGCUGUAGAACAGCUCAUCAGAGGCUCAUUUUCACAGCUUUCUCAUAAAAAGAUGGGACCCGGGCAGUAGGACUGCCCUAUGUUGUGGCUGCCCCAUCCCUGGCAGUGUUCAAGGCCAGGCUGGAUGGGGCUUUGAGCAACCUGGUCUAGUGGAAGGUGUCCCUGCUCGUGGCAGAGGGGUUAGAACUAGAUGAUCUUUAAGGUGCCUUCCAACUCUUCCAACCAUUC